AGAUUGCGCCGACUUUUCCAAUUGUUCCAUUUUCUCUCAUCCCAAAGUUAGAAAACCCAUUCCCUUUGAUAAUGGCAGAACCUUCAGCAAAGAUCCUUAGACGAACCCUAGAUGAAGCCCUAGAUGGAGAAGCUGAUAACAUUGAUAGACUCAGUGCACUUCCUGAAUCUGUUCUUCUGCACAUUCUUUCAGGCUUGGAACUCAAAGAAGCUGCAGCCACCUCAGUUUUAUCCACAACCUGGAGAGACCUUUUCUUACAACGUCCCAAUAUUGAGUUAGCUUUCGAUAUCUAUGGCAAUCCUUCUGACCGUUCUAGACUGUUUCACAUCUUCACACUCUUUGCUAAUAGAGUGCUUCGACAGAGAAACCCAGAAGCACCCAUUACAUCUCUCAAGGUAUCUGUGAAGGAUUUCACUAAAAGGAUGGAAGAGGAUUAUAGAUCAUUGUUGAUGUCCGCAGCUGCUGCAGUGUACACUUACAAGGUGCAGCAAUUUGAUGUUGAUCUUGGUACCUAUAAUUUAAGUACCGAGACAUCUUCAAUUGUUCUUCCACCUGCAAUGUUUACAUCAGAGACUCUAACCAGGUUGCUUCUUACCCUUUCUGUGGGGUGGGAUGUUCCAGAAAAUGUUUGGUUGCCCAAUCUACGGUAUGCUCACUUCAUUCCAUAUAGAUUGAUGCAUGAGGAUUCUAUUCAGAGGUUUCUCGACGGGUGCCCUAGCCUAGAAACUCUCAUGUUUUUGAUGAGGGUCACAACAGAGGAUGAGACUGAAGUCAAAACUCUUUGUAUAUCAAGUUCAUCUUUAAAACUCUUGAUGGUUGAUUGGGAUAUGAUAGAUGAAACUGAGAUGAAUAUUACUGUGAAGUCUGAAAGUCUUGAGAGGUUGACAUUAUAUCUUAAGGGAGGUCACAAUGUGAAUGUGGAUGCACCAAAUCUGAACUUCUUCUCCAUUAGCGGUCAGGUGCUUGAUUUGAACAUCAUUCAAGGUCUUCCUUCAAUUAAUGAGGCAGUUCUAGAUGUUGCAUAUACGUUUCAGGUGUCAGAUUUGAAUGAAUUCUUUACACGUUCCGAAAAAGUUUGUACCUUUUUUAGAGAGUUGCAAAACCUGACAUUACUCAGCAUAUCAGAACCCAUCAUGGAGGCUCUCUAUGAUUCUACAAUGGCGAUGCCCACUUUCAGAAACAUGUAUAAGAUAAAGCUUAUCCCUGAUUAUUCUGAUGAUUUCCCCCGUGAACGGAUGCAACAUGUGUUAUUCAACUUGCUUGAAAGUUGUCCUAAACUUCAAGUGCUUUCCUUUGAGAGGAUAAUGGUAUUCAGCAGCUACUUCAUUGAUGAUAUCGAUUUUGAAUCUGUUUUCCCUUUUAGAAUGCUUCAAAAUCUGAAGGAGUUAGAAAUUCUUGAUUUCAGAGAUCGAGAAAUGGAAUACAAGCUGAUUGAAUUUUUCAUAAACAACGGACGCUCUUUAGAGAUUGUUUCUCUGAAAAAACAUUUUGUAGAGACUGUUGCUCUGAGAAAAGAUAUUCCGAAGGCAAUUAUGAAAACUUGGACGCCAAGACAAAAAAAGAGACUUCUCUCCUUCCUGUCGUGCUCAGAAGACUGUAAGAUUAUAUUCAGAGAGAAGUCGGGUGCUAUACAAUCCCCAUGAUAGCCACGGCAACAAGUCUAUCUCUUAAAAAGUACGUUAUUUAGUCGAACACCACCACCUUCAUCUUCUUCGACCGGUGGGUUUUCGAUAUUGUCUUUUUCAUAUUUCAUAGCUCCUAUGUCCAACACAACUGUUCUGGUUUGUGGUGCCGUGUCUCUACUGUGUUCUUUCUAGACCCAACUUAGCUUUUGUUUCAUAGGGUUUGUAAGAUAACGGUUGAAAAAAAAAAUUAUAUUUUAUUGUUUAGACAGGUCAGUGAGCCAAUCUUAACCUAGUAGGUUGAGGCUAGGCUGUUGUAAAAUUUCUGGUUUAUUAUAAAAUGAAUCGAGUUAGAUCCA